AUGAAUAAUACCGAAUAUACUGAAGAAAAGGAAAAAUCAGUAUUGUCUAAUAACAAGGAAAAGGUUUUAUCAGACGUGGAUUCUGAGGAGAAUGAAGAGUCGGUAGAAGAAACUAGUGAAGAAGAUACAGAAUCAGAAGAAUCUUCAGAAGAGGAAUCAAUAGAGGAAGAAGAACCAGAAUUAAAAUACAAACGUUUAGAAGCCGAUGUCAGUGAAUUAUUAAAAAAGGAUGCUGCUAGUGCAAUGGCAGUUUCCGAUAAAUAUGUGGCAUUAGGGACACAUAAUGGAGAUCUUUUUAUACUGGAUUUUGAUGGAAAUCUGAUCAAAAGAUUUUCAUCACAUUCGGCAACUGUAAAUGAUAUAUCAAUUGACGUUGCCGAAGAAUAUGUUGCUAGUGCAUCAAUGGAUGGCAAAGUUGUUAUUCACGGAAUGUACAUUGAUUCUGAGCGAGUUUUUAAUUAUCGACGUCCAGUUAAAUGUGUAGCACUUGAUCCUGAUUUUAGUCGAAAAGAUUCUCAACAAUUUGUAUCGGGUGGUUUGGCUGGUCAACUGAUUUUAAACGAAAAAGACAAAGUACUUCAACAUUCCGGAGAAGGACCAAUUUAUACUGCAAGAUGGAAUGGAAAUCUUAUUGCAUACGCAAAUGAUGAAGGAGUGAAAAUGUAUGAUACACAAUCUCAACAAAGAAUUACUUAUAUAAAACGACCUUCUGGUAGUCCCCGUCCAGAUUUGUAUCGAUGUAAUUUAUGUUGGCGUAGCAAUAAUCAAUUAUUGAUAGGAUGGGCGAAUUAUGUACAAAUAGCUAUAGUCAAGGAACAAACUGUUUCCGGUCUUCCGCCACUUUAUGCCGAAAUUUCUAUGUUUCAAACCGAUUUCAUUGUGUGUGGUAUUGCACCCUUUAAUGAAAUGACAUUAUUGUUAGCAUACCUUUCAGACGAAAUUACAAAAAAUGAAAUGAUGGAUGAUCCGGAACAAUAUAAACGACCUCGUGCAAAACGACCAGAAAUACGAAUAAUCAAUUCAUUAAAAGAAGAAAUUUCAACAGACGCAUUGCCAUUACAUGGAUUUCAACAUUGUCAAGCAAAUGACUAUAUACUCGAUUAUUAUCCUUCAGAAGAUAUGUUUUACGUCGUUAGUCCUAAAGACCUUGUUCUAGCCAAACCACGUGAUUUAGACGACCAUAUUAGUUGGUUAUUGGAUCGUUAUAGGUAUGAAGAAGCUUUGUCAACCCUUAAAGAAGCUCAAGCAUGGGGUGGAAGUAAGGUUUAUGAUUUAACAGAAGUUGGAGAGAAAUAUUUGGGAUAUUUGGUAGAUGAAGGAGAAUUUGCUAAAGCUGCAGAAAAUUGUCCAAAAAUUAUUAAAGAUAGUAAAGAUAGUAAAAAAUUAUGGGAACGCUGGGUUUUCAGAUUUGCAGAGUUGAAACAUUUGCAGGAAAUAACUCCAUAUAUACCUUUCCAAAGCCCCGACCCGCAAUUAAGUAGCACGGCUUAUGAAAUGGUGUUAGCUCAUUUCUUGAAUAAUGAUCACCAGGCGUUAUGUGAUACAAUAAUGAAAUGGCCACCAACAAUUUACAAUAUAUCAAGUGUAACAGUUCUAGUUGAAGAUAUUGUAGAAAAAGAUCCUGAUAAUAAAAUCCUGAUGGAAUGUCUUGCUGAAUUAAGGCCAAAUGUGUUUGACUUAAUAAGAAAUUAUAAUUUAUUCUCUGCUGUACAAGAUAAAGUAGUUCUUCUUAUGGAUUUCGAUCAAUAUUUGAUAUCAGAAAAAAAAAACCAAUUAGAGACAGAAGCCGAAAAUAAAGAACAAGAUUCCUCUAAAAAAAUAGAACCCGUUAGAAAAUCAAAGUCAAAGAAAGAUAUUGAAAUGCCAGCAGUACAAUUAUUAGUGGAAAAUGUUGAAUCAAUACCAAUCGGGCAUGUUGUAAGCCAAUUAAGAUCUCACCAACAAUAUUUGCAUACAUAUUUGGAUGCUUUGUUUAAUAAAGAUCAUCAUAUAGGUUAUGAAUUCCACGAUGAUCAAGUAGAAUUAUAUGCAGAAUAUGAUUAUCCUAGAUUAAUUGAAUUUCUACGUUCUAGUAAUUAUUACGAUUUUGAAAAGGCGUAUAAAAUUUGUAAACAAAGAGAUUUGGUUCCAGAAAUGGUGUUCGUCCUUGGACGAAUGGGAAAUAACAAACAAGCCCUUAUGUUAAUUAUAGAACGUUUGGGAGAUGUCCAACUUGCUAUUGAUUUCGUCAAUGAACAAGAUGAUGAUAUUUUAUGGGAAGAUUUAUUAACAUAUUCUUUAGACAAACCUCGUUUCAUUACGGGUUUGUUGGAAAAUCUUGGAGGGACGAGGUUAGAUCCAAUUAUUUUAAUCAAACGUAUUCCUAAUGGUCUUGAAAUUCCGGAACUUAAAAAGGCUUUAAUAAAAGUACUUCAUGACUAUAAUUUACAGGCAUCUUUGAGAGAAGGAUGUCAGAAAAUAUUAGUAAGUGAUAGUGUAUCAAUGGCUGACCAACUUAUCCGUGCACAAAAACGCGGAAUAUCAUGUGGAGAGGAUAUGGUUUGCUCUAUUUGUUCUAGUUCAAUAAUUAAAGAAGCCAACACAUCAGAAAACAUUGGAAAAUAUGUAAUUUUCUUUUGUCGACAUGCAUAUCAUGAAGAAUGUUUGUUUGAUGCAGAUACAAUACUUCCUUUACCAGAAAAUAUUAACAAAUCAUCAUCAAUAAAUGGAGUUGGCCCUAAAGUUCGUCGUACUAUAAUUCUUAGAUCAAUGACUCCUAGUCCACAAUGUCCAAUUUGUAAUGAUUCACAACAUAAUCAUUCUAAUUUAAAUAAGAAAAAUCCAAAUGGUUCAACUGGUCCUAUUCGUGGUUUUGUUAGAAGUCAAAAUAGACAAAGUGUAAAAGAUGAUGAUGGAAUGCCUCCAAUGAGCAAUGGAUCUACGAAGGAAUCGCCUCAAAAAUAUUCUGAUACAAAGAAAACAGUUACAAUAACAACUCUUAGAAAACCAAAAGGUUUCAUGAAAAAAUUUCCGGUUAAAGCAAAAGAUAAAACUAAUCAAAAUAAUAUCUUUCUUUCGGAUGAUUCAUCUGAAAAAUUUAUUUCACUUGAAUCAAAUACAAACGAUACUAACGAAAGAAAUGAUGUAAAUAAUGUUAACGAGGUAAAAAAUGAUUUCGAAAAUCCCGAUCAUUUAAUUAUCAAUCAAGAGAAUGAUUCCAAUUCAUUGACUUUUGAGAAUAAAGAACCUUUAGAAGGACAAUCACUAUCUAAUCAAUACAACAAUAACAACCUUAACAACAUAACGAUAAAUAAACAAGUUAUCGAUGAAGAACAAAUGGAUGAUGAUGAUCCCACUAUUUAUACGUUUAUCUCUGAACAAUCUAUUUUCGAUGAAGUAUAUAAUUCUGCUGCAAUAGCUCUUGCCAAUUUCAUUAAGACAAUUGAAUUAAUUGUUUUAGAUGCAUCUAGGUCAUUUCGUGUGGCACCUAUCAAAAUUGUAUUUUACUCUGAUGGAGCUGAACCAAAAUUAUAUAAUGGAAUCAAAAGUCUUGAUCCUUCAAAAUUUACGGAAUUUUCUGAAAACGGAUAUUAUAUGUUAGAAACUUGUUCUUCUCACAUAGUAGAACAUCUUCAAGUUGUAUUUCCUUGUUCUAAAGUUGUACUUGAUUCAGGUGAAGAUAGUAAUAAUAUAGUUAUUAGUAAAUUUAUGAAUUCAAUGGAGGUUCUUAAACAUUUUAAAAAAAGAAGAAUUGGAUGA